AUGUGGAACCAGAGCAGCCGGUGCGCGAACUUCAUAAUAAAGCGGCAGCCGGGGCUGGGUGGGCAGGCAGGCCUGCGGCGGUGGCUCUCGGCGCCCCGGCUCUGCGUGGUGGGCGGCGGGCCCGCCGGCUUCUACACGGCGCAGCACCUGCUCAAGCACCAUGACCGGGCGCAGGUGGAUAUCUACGAGAAGCUGCCCGUCCCCUUUGGGCUCGUCCGCUUCGGCGUGGCACCGGAUCACCCCGAAGUGAAGAAUGUGAUCAACACGUUCACGCAGACGGCGCGUUCCGAGCGCUGCUCCUACUACGGGAACGUCGCGGUGGGCAAGGACGUCACGGUGGGCGAGCUGCAGCAGGCCUACCACGCCGUGGUGCUGAGUUACGGUGCCGAAGAUAACCGGGUCCUGGGGAUCCCGGGGGAGAACCUGGCCGGCGUUCAUUCGGCCCGAGCGUUCGUGGGCUGGUACAACGGGCUGCCCGAGAACCAGCACCUGAAACCCGACCUGAGCUGCGAGACGGCGUUGGUGCUGGGCCAUGGCAACGUGGCCCUCGAUGUUGCCCGAAUUCUCCUGUCCCCGCUGGAUCUCCUUAGGAGGACGGACAUCACUGCCAGCUCCUUGGCAGCUCUUGCCUGCAGCAAGGUGAAGCGUGUGUGGCUCGUUGGGAGGAGGGGACCUCUCCAAGUUGCUUUCACCAUCAAGGAGCUGCGGGAGAUGAUAAACCUGCCUGGUGCCAGACCUGUCUUGGACCCUGCUGAUUUCACAGGCCUCGGCAAUGCUGUUAAAGAUGCCCCCAGGCCCAGGAAGCGACUCACUGAGCUGAUGAUCAAAACGGCUUUGGAGAAGCCAGCGGAGAAGACGGAGGCAGCGGCUGCCCGGGAAUGGGGCUUGAGGUUCCAGCGCAGCCCCCAGGAGGUGCUGCCCACGGCCGACGGGACGCGGGCCAGGGGCGUCCGCAUGGCCCUCACCCGCCUGGAGGGCUCGGGGGACUCUGCCAAAGCCGUCCCCACGGGAGAGGUGGAGGAGCUCGAGUGCGGACUGGUCCUCAGCAGCAUCGGCUACCGGAGCCUGCCCCUGGAGCCGGCUCUUCCCUUCGACCCCCAGCACGGCGUCAUCCCCAACAGCUCGGGCAGGGUGCUGGGUGCUCCAGGUCUGUACUGCAGCGGGUGGGUGAAGCGCGGCCCCACGGGAGUCAUCAUCACCACCAUGAACGACAGCUUUGACACUGCGCAGUCCGUGCUGGAGGACCUGCAGGCCGGCGUGCUGGACGUGUCUGCCCCCAGGGAGGGCUUCGGCGCCGUGGGGAGCAUCCUGCGCAGCCGAGGGGUCCGGCCCGUUUCCUUCUCGGACUGGGAGAAGAUAGACGCUGUGGAAGUGGCGAGAGGCAAAGCUGCUGGCAAACCCCGGGAGAAGAUAGUGGAUCCCGAGGAGAUGCUGCAAGUCAUCGGCCACUGAAGGCUGGUGUUGGAGCGCGGUGCUGAUCCACACGGUGCCAUCCCGGGGCAACGCGGGCAGGUACGAGCGGGGCCUGGCAGAGCAGUGCCGGCACCGGGAGCCGAUGGCAGGUGUGUGACACUGGACACUCUCUGGUAACAAGCUGUAAAGGAUUCCUAAACGGAGUGUGUAAAAACAUCUGGGGCUGCUGGCCAGCCCGGGGGCUGCAGCCACCUCUUGAGGUGAUUCUCGGUGUCCUGUGAGGCCUUUGGCCAUUCUUAGGUGGAGCUGGUGACACGAGAUUUGCUUGUCACAGGGGUCUUGGCCAGAGAUGUUCCCCUUGGCAAGCAGUACCAUGAAACUUCCUUGUGUCUUGCUGCCCACCCCUUGAACCUCAGGCUAAGUGGCUUCCUUGCCUUGUUCUUCGUGCCUGGUCUCUGAGCAAAUGUGGUGAUUUUUUUUUUCUUUUUUUAAAUAAUAAUUGUUUUUUAAUAAACCUUUCCAGGAAUGCCAAACUGGACCUGCCGCUUGAGUCUGGCUUCUUUUUCUGUGACUAUCUUUCCCUUCCGAGCAGCCAGUGAGUGUCCCGUGUAGCGUGUCCCACGCUGGCCCUGCUGCAGGGAGGGACCACUCGCUUUCCUCCUCUUGCGAGCUCUAAACUGUCAGACCAGGGCAUUAAUUUGCCCUCUGCCCCCCGUGAUCAUAACCCGAGUGGGUCUUGGGUGCUACCUGGCAGGGGCAAUGGGAUAACAAGCACGUCG